AUAUGAUUUGUGAAUAGAAUUUUUGUUCAUUUUGCGAAGCAAAACGGAAGGGCGUGGGGUGGAAGAGAUGGGUUACGUACUGAGAGUGAGAAUGGCUUCCUUCUUCGCCGGAGCAGCGGUUGCAUCCUCUCUGGGGCUUUACCUUCUUCAGAGAGAUUACAAGAUUGCUUACGACUCCAUUUCGCAUAAGAUGGGAGGGCUGCAUGAUUCUAUGGGAAGUAGAAUUUCGGCACUGGAAAAGCUGAAUCAGAAUGAUGGUUCCCAACAUGUUCAAGCAGCAGAGUAGACCCUGGGAAACCAAGCCAAGACAGUCGGAAGGGCCUUGCUGGAAGUAUAAAGAACUUACGAAGAAAAAUAACUGCAGAAAAAUUGGUCUGCUUUGUAUGCGCAUCAAGAUGUUUAGCUUUUACUUGGAAUUUUUUGUUUAUUUAGUCUAUGACGUUAUUUUCAGUUUACGAAGCUAUCUAGUUGUAAUGAUGUUACCAUGCUCAUAGAAAUUCGCUAAAGUUGAUGUGGCCGAACCCUGGGGUCUUUCCCUCCGCUUGGGGAACACAAUCCUUCAUACUUUUCUCAUUUCAUUUUGUCAAGGUUGGACUGUAUUGUAAGACUUGUUAAUGAGUUCGAUGAGUUUUCCGAAUGAAAAUUGUGGGAAGUUUAAUAAUUUUUCAA